CCAAAACCCGGGCCGCCGCCACGACCUCCCCACUCCCUCCCCCCUUGUUCUAAACUUGCCUUAGGUUUUGUUAGGGUUUCGGUAAUCCAAUUUUGCCUUGAGGCUUGUUUUUCGUGAUGGAUGAUUAUCAAGAGAUGGAAAGGUUUGGCAUGGAGAAGGAUUACGAGGACGGCCAAUGGAUCGGCGGCGAGUUCUAUUAUCGCAAGCGCAAGGAUAAGCGCGUCCAGACCAAAGACGAUGUACUCUACGGCAUAUUCUCUGCCGAUUCCGACGACGACGAUGAAGACAACGAGGGUUCCAGAAAACGCAGGAAAGAUCGAAAGGUCGUCGACCUUACCAAGCCCGUCAAUUUCGUCUCCACCGGCAUCGUCGUGCCCAACCAGGAGAUGGACAACAAUUCAAAGCAGCAAAACGAUGACCUUGGCGCUACCGGCGUUGCCACCAGUGGCCUUGGCUUUGGUGUCGCUACGGCUUCAGGUUUGGGUUUUAAUAAUUUGAAUUCCGGUUUAGGUUUUAAUUCGAAUUCGGAUCCCACCGGUGGAGAGGAGGAGGAUGAGGAAAAUGACAGCAAUUUUUUGCCGACGGCGUUUGGGAAGAAAAUAAAGGAGGGAGCAGAGAGGAGACAGAAGGAGAGGGAAAAGCUCAAAUUGCUGAAGCAAACUACUAUCCAAUCUCGAAGUCGAAGAGAUUCUGAAGAAUCUCAGUUUGGACUAGGAGGAGCAAGUGGCGGCGGCGGGGAUGGGGGCCUGGGGGCCUUUGAGAAACACACCAAGGGCAUUGGGAUGAGGAUGCUUAAGAACAUGGGCUACAAAGGAGGUGGACUUGGCAAAAACCAGCAAGGGAUUCUCGCUCCUAUUGAAGCCAAGUUGAGGCCAAAAAAUAUGGGUAUGGGUUUUAAUGAUUACGAGGAGACUAAAAUCAAGAGGCCUGGCUUGCAAGAAUUGGAAGCUGAAAAGCCGAGCAAGCCUUUGCCCGCUGUCAGUUCCUCCAUCACCACCAAAAAGAGCCUUUCCUGGAAAAAGGCCGUUGCCAACAGGGCUAAUAAGGACCACUAUGUCUCUGCCAAGGAGUUGUUAGCCAAGAAGCAGGAAGAGAGUACCGAGGUCUUUGUGCACAAGGUGGUUGAUAUGCGCGGACCCCAGGUUCGAGUCUUGACCAAUUUGGAGAAUUUGAAUGCCGAAGAGAAAGCCAGGGAAGAGGAUAUUCCCAUGCCUGAGCUACAGCACAACCUGAGGUUGAUUCUGGACUUAGCUGAGCUGGAUAUUCAGAAGAUUGAUAGGGAUCUAAGGAAUGAGAGGGACACGGCGAUCAGCUUGAACCAGGAGAAAGAGAGGCUGGCAACGGAGGUGGCCAGACAGAAGCAACACUUGGAUAGCUUGGGGGAUAUUAUGAACGUGUUAGACCGACUGGGAGAAGAGAAUAUCAUGGGAGCAUUGACGCUGGACUCCCUGGCAAAGGACUUUGGUGACCUACAGAAGAGAUACGCUGACGACUAUAAAAUAUGCAACUUGUCUUGUAUUGCCUGUUCUUUUGCUAUACCUCUGUUUAUCAGGAUGUUUCAAGGUUGGGAUCCUCUUAGGAACCCGUCCCAUGGGUUGAAUGUGGUAUCCUCAUGGAAGGGUUUGCUUCAUGGAGAGGGGGAGAGAGAACAGUACCUUGAUAUUUGGGAUAAUACAAUGCCACCUUAUACCCAGUUGGUUUCCGAGGUUGUGUUACCCGCAGUGAGGAUUGCUGGCGUCAAUACCUGGCAGGCCAAGGACCCUGAACCCAUGCUUCGCUUUUUGGAGUCUUGGGAGAAAUUGCUACCCUCUUCUGUCCUUCAUGCCAUAUUGGAUAUGGUAGUCUUUCCCAAACUGAAGGACGCAGUUGACUUGUGGGAACCUCACCGGGACACUGUUCCCAUCCAUGUAUGGGUGCAUCCAUGGCUACCACUCUUGGGACACAAGUUGGAGGAGUUGUAUCACACAAUACGCUUCAAGUUGAGUAACGUUCUCGGUGCAUGGCACCCCAGUGAUGCCUCUGCCUAUACCAUACUCUCGCCGUGGAAGAAGGUGUUUGAUUCAGCCAGUUGGGAACAACUCAUGCAUAGAUUUAUAGUGCCCAAGUUGCAGCUUGUCCUACAAGACUUCCAAGUGAACCCUGCAGAUCAAAGACUUGAUCAAUUUAAUUGGGUGAUGAGUUGGGCUUCUGCUAUUCCAAUUCAUCUAAUGGUAGAUAUGAUGGACAAGUUUUUCUUCACCAAGUGGCUACAGGUUUUGUAUCACUGGUUAUGUUCGAACCCGAACUUUGAAGAGGUUUUGAAUUGGUAUAAAGGUUGGAAGGAACUCAUUCCUGAGGAGCUUCAUGCAAAUGAAAGUAUCCGGUAUCAGCUUAAUUGUGGUCUUGACAUGAUGAAUCGGGCUGUUGAGGGUAUGGAGGUGGUCCAACCUGGUUUGAAAGAGAAUAUUAGCUACCUUAGGGUGCUUGAGCAAAGGCAAUUUGAGGCACAACAGAAAGCAGCAGCAGCACAAGCAAACUUGGGUGGCACUGCUCACAUGGAUGGCAGUGGUAAUGAGAUGAGCUUGAAAGAUGUUAUUGAAGCCCAUGCGCAGCAGCAUGGUCUGUUAUUUAGGCCUAAACCUGGGCGGAUGCAUAAUGGUCACCAGAUAUAUGGCUUUGGUAAUGUAAGCAUAAUAGUAGACUCUCUAAAUCAAAAGGUAUAUGCCCAAACAGAGGAAAGCUGGUCUCUUGUAUCCCUUGAAAGGUUGCUUGACAUGCACAAUAGUUCUCUUACAAGAAGACGCUGAGUUUUAGAAAGGCCUUUGAAGAGUUGAAGGGAUGUGUGGUGACUCUGUGCUGAGAAUGGAGCUGGUGGAUUAGGUUGUGUGUGCAGUUGCCGUUGGUCAUGGAUCGAGAACUGAAAAUAUUUGCUUGGUCACGUAUGUGCAGUUGGCUCUUUAGACUGAAAAGAACUGAAAUGAUUUCUUUAAGAAACAAAGGAUGAAAAGAAGAAGAAUAAGGUGAGAUUCUCCAUAAACUUUUAUCUCUUAUAUUUAUUUCUUUGGUGGGAAAAUGACAUAUUAGAACUCUAUUGCUCUGAUAUUCAUCAAGGUCAUCCUGAAUGAGUUGAUGUAGUUUCCUCAAGUGAAUCUUGUGCUGAUGCGUGGAUUGAGAAAGAGGUUGUAGCCUUAAGGGAGGAUAGAUGCCCUAAAGUUCGGGUUGUGACUUCUGAUCGUAUUCAGCAGCGUGCAGCACAUGGAGCAGUAUGUGUUCUCAUAAUUCCGAUGGAGCCUUCAUUUGGAGCUGCAAUGCAUUGGUUUCUGAGAUUAAAGCAUCACAAAAGGAGUUUGAGGGGAUGCUUCAGGAACACAGGUCUGUUCUACUUGAGAUGAAACUUGUCAUCUUAUUUUCUGCUAAUGGAAAAUUUAAUACACAAGAAGUUAUAUUCAUGCUGUUUCAUCUUGCCUAUCACCUUCAGAACAGAUGCAAAAACACACACAUGCACAUACAUGUAUAUCUUAGGUCUAGUUUAAUAUUAACAAUCUUUAAUUUGUUUAAUUUGCUUUGUAAUGGCUUAUAUAUAUGGUUUAGAUUCAGCAAGUUUUACUCUUAACAUUAUAUUGAGAAAAGAAGUUCUAUGAUUACUUGCUAAAUCACCUCAAUGUUGUGUCAUGCUGAACAAUUUUGAAUACAAUAAUUUCUUGAUUUUCCUUUUUCUAUAA